UGGAUCUCUAGUCCUCGGCCUCCCAUUUUAACUUUUGUAUAACCAAUUAACCAUGUUUCUUUAAAAUCUUCACGGUAAUUCCCUCAUCCCCAUCGAGCAUUAAAAUUCUAGUAAUGAAUAUCCACUUAUGUCGUUUAAUGUCACCCCUAAUUACCCAAAUCCACCGUUAAGCUUUCCAAAAUCAAUCAAUCAAAAAAAACAAAAAAAAAACAAAUGAAAGAAACACACAGGAAAGUUUGUCUUCCUCAUUACCUCGUUUCUCACACUUUCUCUCUCUUCCCUAAAUCUCAAUUUCCAAAUCUUUCUCCAUUAAUCAAAAUCAUUCCCCCAAAAAAUUAAAAUUAAAAAAACCUCCCAAAAAUAAAAAAGAAGUAAAUUAUGGAACCUCGACGAGUCCCCCAAAAUAACCCCAAAAUCCGCCAAGUUGGUUUCACCUUCAAUUCUCAAACCCAAAACCCUCACUCUCAACCUCCUCUCUCCACCACCAUCUCCGGCGGCGCCGUUGAAAACAACACCUCCACUCUCUCUCCUGUCAUGAUUCCUCCUCCACCUUUUCUCGAUACUUCCACUUCUCUCCCUGUUCCCGUCCCCGCAGCCGCCGCAAUCCCCGCCGCCCGCCGAGUUUACGACGAUUCUCAUUCCUACCUUGCCGCUUCUUCUCCUGAGUCAACUCAGCCUGAUUUAUCCGAAGACUGGCUUCGUAGCAGUUCUGGUAAAUAUAGCCUUGCUUUUGAUAUGUCUGGUGUUAAUUCUCCCGUUGCUGAUGAACAAUCUACCGAGGGUGCUGAAAUUACUGUUGCUAAUCAUGAGAAGGGAGCAAAUGUAUCAGAAGUACAAGUGUCUCACGAAGACAAGAAGCUUUCCUCAAAACCAUCUAAGGAUAAACUUAGCAAAGCUGAAAGGCGUGCUUUACAGGAGGCUCAGAGAGCUGCCAAAUCUAAUAAAAAAGCUGCGGCUUCUGGAGUAGCAGCUCAUGUCACUGGAAAACCGACUGAAGCAUCUAAGCAACCUCCACAAAAGAAAAAUGUUCCUUUGAGAACAUCCUCAGUACCAGUUUCUGAAACGAAAGGAGGCAAUCAACCAUCAGAGAAAGAUAAGAAGAAGGAUAUUCCCCAUCCUCGGAUGCAAUAUGAUGACAAGAGCAGAGUGGAAAAGGCUAAAAAGCGUUCUGUUGUUAAGCAAACUGAAGUUAGAAACAGAGUGGAGCUCUUUCGGCAUUUGCCUCAGUAUGAAUAUGGAAAUCAGAUCCAUGACCUCGAGUCAAAAAUUUUCAAUCAUGAUUCAGUUCAUCCUGCCGUGUAUAAGGUUGGUUUGCAAUAUUUGUCAGGCGAUAUAUCUGGAAGUAAUGCACGAUGUAUCGCGAUGCUCUGUGCUUUUAAGGAAGCUAUUGAGGACUAUCAUACACCAGCAGAUAAAAUUAUAACUAGAGAUUUAACUGCAAGGCUCAAUAGCUAUGUGUCAUUCCUAAGCGAAUGCAGGCCUCUCUCUAUUAGUAUGGGAAAUGCAAUAAGAUAUCUAAAGACUCGCAUUACCAAGUUGCCUUCAAGUCUUUCUGAGUCAGAAACAAAAACUGCUAUAUCUUCAGAUAUUAAUCGUUUUAUUCAUGAAAAAAUAGUUGUAGCGGACAAUGUUAUUGUGCAACAGGCUGCCACAAAAGUUAGGGACGGCGAUGUUCUUCUUACUUAUGGUUGUUCCAGUGUUGUUGAAAUGGUAUUGGUUUAUGCCCAUGAGCAUGGGAAAAAGUUCCGUGUUGUUAUUGUUGAUUCACGACCAAAGUUUGAAGGUCAAGGUUUGCUUCGAAGGCUGGUUGCAAAAGGUUUGAGCUGUACAUACACGCAUAUUAAUGCGGUUUCCUAUGUCAUGCAUGAAGUCACGAGAGUUUUUUUAGGCGCUGCGUCCAUAUUUUCUAAUGGAAUUGUUUAUUCAAGAAUUGGAACUGCAUGUGUUGCUAUGGUUGCUCAUUCAUUCCGUGUUCCAGUAUUAGUUUGCUGUGAAGCCUACAAGUUUCAUGAGAGAGUCCUACUGGAUUCCAUUUGUGCCAAUGAACUUGGCGAUCCCGAUGUUAUUGCAAAGGUACCUGGUAGAAAGGAUGUAAACUAUUUGAGUAAUUGGAUGAAUAAGGAAAAUUUACAACUCCUACAUUUACUUUAUGAUGCUACCCCCUCAGAUUACAUAUCUUUGAUUGUCACGGACUAUGGCAUGAUUCCACCUACAAGUGUGCCAGUGAUUGUGCGUGAAUAUGGGAAAGAACACCUAUUUUGAUGUGCAGAGACUGUGUUUGGAUACUUGUUGAUACCAAGGCUAACUAAUGUAAAGGUGUUUGGUUUGAGCGUCAUUUUUAAUGUCGCAAAUUUGAUCCCGUAUACGAGUGAAAGCUCAUUUCAUGUAACCUUGAUAAGCAUCUGCACCAAACAGUUUUGAUCUCAGCAUUCUUUGACACAAAUUAUUGUCAAUGUACUAUCUUUGACUUUGUUUAGAAUGAUUUAGUGUCGACUAGAAUAAUAAAAUCACAGUUUGAGAAUUAAGUGUGUUCUAGUUUUACAGUCUAGAGUAUACUAAGAUAUGAGGUGUAAUUCUUUUUUUUUCUUUUUUUAACGGGGUGUAAUUCUUAUAUAUAUAUAUACCGAGUAACAAAAUUUUUGUUUGA